CUUUUCAUUUCUCCACCAUUUUUGUUCUUCUUAUAAAACAGAGCAUCGAGGCAAUGGCCAUUUCUCUGCUUCUUGUACGCUUCAAUGGCUCGGUUGCUGUCUCCUGCGUGCACGGACGCCCUCAAAUUCCAGAAUCCAUUUCAGAACUCGUCUUCGAGAAGCAGAUGGAACGGGAUGAGGAGGACAAGUAGGCCUUGGGGGUUGGUGGGUGGUGGUGGCCGGCGGCGAGGAGGCUGUGGCAGAGUCGAGGUGGCCGCGGAGGGCUCGAAUUCAUCGGAGGCGGUGGCCGAUGACUACUAUGCGGUAUUGGGUUUGCUUCCAGACGCCACAGCGGACCAGGUUAAGAAAGCCUAUUAUAAUUGCAUGAAAGCUUGCCAUCCAGACUUGAGCAGUGAUGAUCCAGAAAGCACAAAUUUCUGCAUGUUCAUCAAUGAGGUCUAUGAGGUGCUCAGUGAUCCUGUGCAGCGCAAAGUUUAUGAUGAAAUUCAUGGAUAUGCAUUGACUGCAAUCAAUCCUUUCUUGGAUGAUUCCAGCCCAAAAGAUCAUGUAUUUGUUGAUGAGUUUAGCUGUAUAGGCUGCAAAAAUUGUGCCAAUGUGGCCUCGGAAGUAUUUCGAAUAGAGGAAGAUUUUGGACGAGCCAGAGUUCAUAGCCAGUGUGGGAACCCUGAAUUAGUUCAACAAGCAAUUGAUACAUGCCCAGUUGAUUGCAUUCAUUGGACUUCAGCUGCACAAGUAUCUUUACUUGAAGAUGAAAUGCGGAGGGUAGAAAGAGUAAAUGUCGCAGUGAUGCUUUCAGGAAUGGGAUCUGUACCAAUUGAUAUUUUCAGAACGGCAAGCUCCCGAUGGGAAAAGAGGCAGUUGAAAAUCUUGCAACAAGCAAAAAUGCGGGUGAUGAAGCAGAAAGAAUCUGAUAGUACUGGAUCUUACUGGGACAACCUCUGGGGCCAGCCCAAGGACUACAAAAAUACAGAGGAGAAAACAGAAGAGAGAACAAGGAGAGCUGCUGCGGCAGCUCGAAGAUGGAGGGAGUAUUCAAGGCGGGGUGUUGAUAAACCUCCCACCUUCAAACUUCCUGAAGCUGUUUCUAACCAGGAAAAAUGACAAGAAUUUCCGACACCUUAUACUUUCUAUUGUUGCAUGAUAUUCUCACCAAAGAGAUUAUUGGUCGUGGUACUAAAAGAGGAGGGAUGUACUACAUGGAUGAUUUUAGCUUCGGUCGGGCAAAUAUUGUGCAUCAAGCUGGUGACAAAGAACGACAUAUUUGGUUGUGGCAUCGUCGACUGGGGCAUCCAUCAUUUUCUUACUUAAAGCAUUUGUUUCCAAGUUUGUUUUCCAAUUUACAUAAGUCUGAUUUUAGAUGUGAAACUUGCAUUCUAGCCGAGGGUCAUCGUGUAUAUUAUCCAAUGAGUUUAAAAAAAAUGUGAAACACCAUUUACGUUAAUUCAUUCGGAUGUUUGGGGCCCGACUCCCAUUUUAAUUUCUUCAA